AUGGGUAAAGAUCUGAGCGAGGAGCAAGUUUCUGCCAUGAAGGAGGCUUUCUCUCUAUUUGACACCGACGGUGACGGUCGGAUCGCUCCGUCGGAACUCGGGAUCCUGAUGCGCUCACUUGGAGGAAACCCCACCCAGGCCCAACUAAAGUCUAUUGUCGCUGAAGAGAACCUCACGACCCCAUUCGACUUUCCCCUAUUUCUUGAUCUCAUGGCGAAACACAUGAAACCAGAACCCUUUGAUCGCCAACUGAGGGACGCCUUCAAGGUCCUUGACAAAGACUCCACUGGCUUUGUCUCCGUCUCAGAGCUCCGUCACAUUCUCACCAACAUCGGCGAGAAGCUUGAACCCUCCGAGUUUGAUGAGUGGAUCAGGGAGGUCGAUGUGGGCUCCGAUGGCAAGAUCCGCUAUGAGGAUUUCAUCGCCAGAAUGGUCGCUAAGUAUGUCAUAUCUUGUGUCGUGUUUCUUGCAUGUCUACUGCAUCCUGCUGUCACUUUUGCAUGUCUACUGCAUCCUGCUGUCACUCGUCUUUUGUAA